AUGAAUCACGACCUCGAAAGGACUCUACCCCUGGCGAGCCAGCUCGAAGAUGUUUUCGCCGCAAUUCGUCCAUCGUAUGAUCGGCCAGAGCUGUGGGAAGAUACCAAGGAAAUUCGAAGUGAGCUUGAUGGCCUUCACAAGGCCCUUAGCUUUGUCAACUGCAAUGUCGCCAAGAAUGGACUCCAAGCAAUCCCAUUUGCAGUCAAAGUCGAGGAAGACUUUGAAGAACUCAGGUCCCGAGCAGAAGAUAGUGGAAUCAUCAGCAGUUUGCCAUUGACUCGAGAGCCAAUGCUGAUCUGUUUGAUGCCGAGGCCAGAUGGUCUUCAUACUGAGAAUGACUUUAUACUUUCGACACCGGUGACCGUAGCAAAAGAGAGCAGAAUCACCAACUUGCCGCAAAGGAUCGCAGCCCUAAAGGAAAAUAACCAAGAUUUCGACGUCAUUGGAAAUAUCGAACAUAGUGCUCGUGAAACAUGGAUCUACCAUUUUCAAAGAGUUGAAGACGUGGACUUGAUCGACGGUCACCAUGUCUCAGCACUUGUAGAGGAUGCCCGUCUAAGACAAAAGGAAAGAAUAUGUUUGGCUGCAGGGAUUGCACGAUCCUAUCUUCACUACAUGGAGAUCAAUCCGGGAAAGUGCCACGGGCCGUUGAAUAAUUAUCGGCUAUUUGUACAGGAGUCCCCAGUUACUGGAAGUAGAGACUGGGCGCUGUGGCCCUCGAGCUCAUUAUGGGUUGAGUUCGGGUUCGGAUCAUCAACGGCUUCAAAAACGAAUAAGUUUCUAUCGAAGGCUCAGUAUCAAGAAAAGAAGAUCAGUCCAGCAGUGGAGCUUGGCGUCCUACUUUAUCAAGUCACCGCGGCUGAGUCAUUGACAUACAAUCCUACUGCAGAAGGUCUCCAAAUAGCGCGGCAAACAGCGCAAGAUGGGCUAUCGAAGGUAGAACAGCUGUGCGGUCUGUUUAUGAGGGAUGUUGUUGCGGCUUGUCUCAUGGAUCUUGGGAAUCGCUGGGAGGAUAGAGAUGUUGUGGAAGAAGUAGCAUCAGCAUUAAUUUACCGUGCUGCAGGAUUGAGAAAGGCUAAGCCAAGUUUGUAG